ACGACUUGAAAUAUUCACACUUUGCUUUAAUUUUUCGUAAAUUUGUUUGUAAAUGCUACCUAGUUAUAUGCAGAAAAAGCACAGUGUUACAAAUGUAUGCAGUAAAAAGGCUUCACGAAAUGUGCAGGUGUUUGGUCAUUUUACAGUUCUCCCAGUAGGUGACGCCCUCCGCUAACGUGGGAUGUUGCGCGCGAUGGGGAGGCACCAUUGAGUUGAACCUAACGAUCAUCAUUUCGUCAUCAUUUGUAACCAUAGAGCAUGAAUUACCUCUUGAAGUCAUCAGAGAGAAUUUACGACUGGUCAACAAAGGCACGUGAUGCCCUAACGCUUUCCCAUAUUUGGCCGCAUACAUGGCAAAAACGAAGUACAGUGCAUUGCUAUAAUUCAUUAUUACAUCAUAAAUUGUGCGGCGCUGGAUUUUAACGACCAAGAUCUACAAGUCAAGACAUUUUAAAACAUCCAAAUGAGCUCUUAUUUUCUAAACUCGUUCUCAGGGCGCUAUCCAAAUGGCUCUGACUAUCAGUUACUAAAUUAUGGUACUAACGGCGCUAUGAACGCUUCUUACAGGGACUCCACCAGCAUGCAUUCCGGGUCUUUCGGUUACAACUACAAUGGAAUAGACCUUAGUGUAAAUCGUCCCAACAAUGGCCAUUUCGGAGCAGUUGAAGAUAAUUCUCGCGCUUUCCAAAAUCCGGGUCAGGAGACCCGGUACAGACAGUCGAGCUGCUCGCUCUCGUCUCCAGAUCCCCUGUCUUGUGCCACCAGCGAAUCUCUGGAAUUGAAGGGUUCCUCUCCUCCAUCUGAUCAGAGCACACCAACCGGCAACAACAGACUCAACAGCAACAAUCUCACCAGCAGCAACAGCACACAUUUUGCGGACACAGACGAGACCAAUGUCUCGUCCGAGACCGAGGAUGGAGCACAGACCACCACCAACACACGUACGCAGAAGCAAGAAUCUGUGGCGAGCUCGACAACAACACCUAUCGACGGUCAAAGUCCACAGAUAUUCCCUUGGAUGAGGAAGCUGCACAUUAGUCAUGAUAUGACUGGACCUGAUGGAAAACGGGCUCGAACAGCUUACACUCGCUACCAGACGCUCGAGCUGGAGAAAGAGUUCCAUUUCAAUAGAUAUCUCACGCGCAGGAGGAGAAUAGAGAUAGCGCACGCUCUCUGUCUCUCAGAGAGGCAAAUUAAAAUAUGGUUCCAAAAUCGCAGGAUGAAAUGGAAGAAGGACAAUAAACUGAAAAGUAUGAGUCUCGCUACAGCGGGGAGCGCAUUUCAAAAUUGAUCAAAUCACGUCACAAUAUUUGGAAAAUUCGACUACUGUUACAGCGCUGCACCUUUCAGCUUCUUGAUAUCGCCGGACGACGUGUGAUUCCCCCGUGCAACUCAGAAUUGUCAGCUUUUGAAUAUUGUUAUCACAUAUGCUAAACUAGUUACAAUUGCCAUAAAAUGAGUGUGAAUGUCAAGUGUGUCAAUUUAUACAUUCGUGGAGGAAAGCAUGUUCCCAUGUGAGCUAUUCGUGCAACGUAUUCUAGAUCUGCUACAAGAAUUAUGUACAGUACAACUCGCACUACCUAACUAUCCUAUAAGUGAUAGUGUAAAAAAAAGAGAAACUUUUGUUGUAUCCUUGAACUUGUAUUGAAA